AUGAGGUACUUGUUUAUAUUUAUCUUAUUAUUAUUAUUAUUAUUAUUAUUAUUAUUAUUAUUAUUAUUAUUAUUAUUAUUAUUAUUAUUAUUAUUAUUACUAGUAUUAGUAUUAUUACUACUAUUGCUAUUAUUAUUAUUAUUAUUAUUAUUAUUAUUAUUAUUAUUAUUAUUAUUAUUAUUAUUAUUAUUUUACGCUUCACAUUUCAUUGUGUCACUAAUUACAAAUUUUUUUGUUACAUUACGGUACGGUACCGUACAACUUCGAUCUAACGACCUCAUCCAUAACUCUCGUUCUCGGCUCGUUCGGCAAAUCAUACAGUCUUUAUUUUCGUGGUUUCGCAUUGUCCAGUCUAGCGCGCAACGAAUAUUGGAGCAGAAAAUAAAUCAAAUAGACUCAAUCAACUCAACUCAUCAAUUUUUAUUUAUAGAGGCAAUGCUGACGUGGGAAUUCAAUCAGAUUCUAAUUAUACUCACAAUCGUUGUCGCCACUAUCGCAUUUAUUCUAAUGUUAUAUAUUUAUUGCCAUUAUAAAUGCGGUUUUUGCCGUCGAAAGCAAAAACAGUCGACGAAUUUACCAGAAGUACGUAUCACAGUGCACAAUGACGCAAAGAAACCCCUAACAAUGGACUGCCCAGAUAUGGAUUAUAUCGAUUCACGAAGCACAAAUUUGGUGUCGUCGACCGUUCGAGUCUCAUCUGUUCACAAUGCACCACAACAGUUAUGA